CACGGGCACAACCACACAAGUGUCCGAGCUCUUCAAUACUAAAAUUGCAGCUAGAUUAUUCAUUCAGAGUUCAGAGUUGUGAUGUUUGUGCAAAAAUGAUGUUUUGAUCUUUUACCCAGAAAUUAGAGAUGACGUUGAGGAGCAAAACUGCUGCAAUGGGAGCUUCUGUCCUUUCUUCUUCUGGGCUUCGACUUGUUUAUUCUUCCGGUAUUCUUCUUCAUUUCUCUCCUUCCCAUUUCCAUCCUCAAUUUCAGUUCAUUUUUCCAUUUCAAUCUCUAUUUUACUGUCGAAAUUAUACAAAUCGUGUUACAAAUCAUGAUGUUGAUGACCCUCAAUUGUUCCUGAAACAUGUUAGACAUGAGUGCAAAUUAGGGUUUCACAGGAUUAAUCAUCCACUUUCUCUAUUUCGUUGUAUGAUAUCUUUGACCCCUCUUCCUUCUAUUGUUGAUUUCUGUAUGCUUUUAAGUGCAAUGUGUAAGAUUCAACCCCACCCCCCUUUCUCCAUUGUUAUCUCUCUCCUUAAGGAACUUGAGCUGUCAGGCCUCCCACCCAAUGUUUACUCCCUGAAUAUCCUUGCCAAUUGUUACUGCCGCUCUGACCGUCCUGAUUUUGGGCUUUCUGUUCUCGCCAAGAUGUUUAAGAUGGGUCAUCAACCUAGUAUUGCCACUUUCAAUACCUUCAUUAAUGGCCUUAUUCAUUCGGAUCGCUUGGAUGAAGCUGUUCAAUUGCUCGAUAAGACUCUCAAGCUUGGUUUUCAACCCACUAUCGUUACCUAUGGGGCUAUGUUUAAAGGUCUUUGCAAAUCAGGAAACAAUGUUGGUGCUCUUAAGUUGCUUCGUACCAUGGAAUCUCGUGGCCAUUACCUUCCUAAUGCUGUCAUAUAUAAUACUAUCAUUGACAGUCUCUGCAAAGACCAGGCUGUACCUCAAGCUAUCCAACUCUUUCAAGAGAUGAAAACCAAGCGCAUUUCUCCCGAUGUGUUCACUUAUCAUUCUCUAAUUCGAGGUAUGUGCACGGUGGGGAAGUGGAAAGAUGCUCAAGAGAUGUUGACUCAAAUGUUGGACAACAAUAUAAUUGCUGGUGUGGAGACUUAUACCAUGCUGAUUGACAUGUAUUGCAAAGAGGGAAUGGUUGGUGAAGCUAGGGCUACUUUUGAAUAUAUGAUUCACAAUGGUCAAGUUCCAAAUGUCAUCACUUACAGUGCUUUAAUAGAUGGAUAUUGCUUACGCGGUGAGAUGGAAGAGGCAGAAAAGGUAAUGGAUUUGAUGGUAAAACAUGACUGCAAACCUGACGUUGUUACUUUCAGCAGCUUAAUCAAUGGAUAUUCAAAGGCUAAAAAGCUUGAAAAAGCUCUGCCUCUUCUCCAAGAAAUGCAACAUAGAGGACUAACCCCUAAUGUCAUCUCCUAUAGCACUCUAAUUGAUGCCUUCUGCAAGGACAAUCAAGUACAUUUUGCACGCAAGCUCUUUAAAGAAAUGGCAUCUAAGGGUUUAAAACCAAAUGUAGUCACUUAUAAUUCAUUGAUUCAUGGUCUAUGUAAAAAUGCACUGAUUGAUGAGGCAAUACACAUGUUUAAUGACAUGAAGAACAGUGGUGUGCUUCCUAGUAUUCCCACAUACACUAUCCUAAUGGAUGGCUUGUCUGAAGCUGGUCGACUUGAAGAGGUUGCAGACAUCUUCUCCUUUCUUGUAGCUAAGGGUUUACCUCUAGAUGUGCAUACCUACACUGUAAUGAUCAAAGGAUUUUGUAAGAAAGGGCUACUUACUAAUGCUUGUGAGCUGGUAAAGAAAAUGGAAGAAGAUGGAUGUCCUCCAGAUGACUGCACCUACAAUACAAUUAUUAGGGGAUUCCUUCAUGGUAAUGAUGUAAAAAAGGCGUUGGAGCUUGUCAGCAUUAUGACCAGCAAACAUUUUGCAGCUGAUGUUCAGACUACAUCGUUUUUCGUUGACUUACUCAAUGAUCCCAGAGUUAGUGAAGAAGACAAAGCCUUGCUUCGAAAGUUCUUCGAAAUGUGAGUAAGUACUUUGUAGAUGCAUAAGCUAAUCUUCUUGGCCUUACCUAGCAUUAUCAUUUUUCUGAGUGAAGUCUGUUUAUGAAGGCAAAGACUACUCUUUGAUGGUUCACUUUUGUUUCCUGCACUUACCCCUCUUGAAAUGUAGAAUUGAUGGUUUUUCUGACUUUAUAGGCAUGUAGAAGUGGAAUUGUUUCAAUCUUCAUAACACAUGAUUGUGUAACUUUUUGUAUGAGGAGUUAAAUCCUACUAUCUAGAGAGGAUAGCUGUAUUUUUUUUCCUACACCAGGUUCCAAAUUUAUUUAGUAGAAUAUACUCAGGUUAUGUGCUA